AUGACAUUCGGCUCGGUGGGCAAGGCCGCCACAAAGAAACACCACAAACAGUCCCCCUUCCCAGCCACCCCCUACCUCCAUGCUGCCGCCGAAAACAGCGCCGCAGAGGGACGCGACAGACAGAGUGGGUCAUCCGUCGCAGACAUCGACCAGCAUGUCGUAGACAUCGCAGCCGACUACAUCACCACUCAGCACGCACCUCUCGGUAGUCUCCCAGGGAUCAAGGGGGACCUGCCAUCACGGGGUGCACUCAGCCGAACUUCCUCUUUUGCAUCUCACUCUGCUCCCCCAUCUCCUUCUUACGCCCCCUCUGAAGUUUUUUCCGAGGACUCGACCGUCUCCUACCACCCCUACGCCAGCAGAGGGGCCAUCCGCACGACAAGGAUGAAGGGCCGUACUGCCACGGCCAAUACCCGCGCACCCGGUAUCAUGGAGGAGGAAGAGCAGGACGAAGUGCGAGGGCUGAGGAGUGAAAGCAAGCUCGGUCUAGGCGGCCUUGGACUCAACCAGUCCAGCCUCAGUGUCGGAUCGAGGCACAAGGCCGACAAGAUGCUGGGACUUGAUCCUACUGCCAAACUUGCGAGCAUGUACAUGGUAUCGGGUCUUGGAAAGAACACCGCUGAAUGGUCUCUGGCGGACACUGACUCUACCCGCGGUGUCCAACCCCUCGAAGACUCGCUCGGCUUGUUCUGGCGACCCGAGAUGCUCGGGAGCAGCUUUAGUGGGGACAAGCAAGACCGAACUGGAUCCACGGCUCCCGAAGACGGGACGAGGACUCGCAAAGACUCCAAGUCGAGUACAUUCACCAACGGCGGCUUGUCCAAAGACUUGCGAGGUCGCCACGUCGCGGACGCCGGGCCCGGUGGAGCACAAAGACUGGUAUCCAAAGCCAUCAAAUCUGCUCACCCUCGAGAUGUCGAGGUGGUCAACUCUGCGCUGGCGCCCCCUACGACGUGCCACGCGUUCAGCUUUUCCAUUCCUCGACAAGACACUCUUGCUGCCGUGGCUCGCGAGAGACUCGGCUCGGCCGUCUCUGGGAUGCGCAACGCCUCUGCCGCCGAGCUCGACCGCCCCGCGCCGGAAACCAGCAAGAAUAUGACCUCUGCCACAGAGCUCACCUAUUAUGGCGUCACCCUCACCGUCUACUCGCAUGCCGACAAGGACAGAGCGCUCCAGCUCAAAGUCAUCAAGACCCGCUCCGAGCGACUCAAGCUUGGCACACAAAGCUCACUCAACUCGAUGAACCCCGUUUCACCCAACUACCACCCUCCGGGUACUCGCAAAGCCAGCACGACGUCUGACCGAAAGAGGGGCAGGCGACAUCUCGGAAAUGUGUUGCGCAACCAGAGCGAGGGUGAUGUGACGCUUGGAAGCGAGACCGAGACCGGAGUGAGUGAUUCAGACAUGGAAGGGCCCCUUUCGAGGAGGAGAUGGGCAGGUGAUAGGCUGAGUGUGGUGGAGAGCGUGCCGGAGGACGUGAGGGCGGUCUUUGACGAGCAGAAUGACGUCUUUUGGAUGCCCUAUGCUAUCACCAUUGUGUCGCGUUUCCCCAUCUACGACACUCUUCAAGACUAUCUCCGUCUCAGUUGGGCCCGUUUCUCCAAGAAUGCUAAAGUCCACAUGACUCAAGUCGGUCGGCUUCUCAACACCACUCCUCCCCGACCUGGUGGAGCCAUCUCCCUCCCCGUCGGUACAUCUGCCGACGACGAGGUCGUCCUCGAAGUCUCCAUGCCGGGUGGAUUGAUCGAUUUCGACAAGGGUCUUGUCAAGGUCGACUUUCAGAUCUGGCCAUUGUUCCAAGCCCUUGAUUUGGAUCACAUCUUGACUUGUGCUGAGGUGGCCCUGAGCAACUCGGGAAGGAUCAUAUUCUGCUCCAAGCACCCGGCCAUGCUCAACAUUGCCGUCAGCUCUCUCAAGUAUCUCGUCGAGCUUCGAGGAUGGAACGGCAUUGCUGUCCCCGUGAUCCAUGCGCGAGAUGCCACGUUCAUUAUCGAGGACCCUGGACCUUAUAUCAUCGGAAUGUCGACGGAAUGCCGAUACUUGCUCGCUCCUCCAGCCCAGGUGGUCAUUGUUGACAUUGACACAAACUCGCUCUCCUGCCGCUCACCCCCUCCAAACGUCAUCACGCCCCGCCCUCGACGCGAGAAAGCCAAGCACAAACUCCUUGCCGCCCUCGGCCCUUCCUACCCCACCGACCGCAGCAUCCCCAUGGAGUUCAAGGUGUCCUAUCCAAAGGGCAGUUUCCGCCCGUUCAACAAGAUGACGUGGGCCAAGGGUGAAAGGCCGGCUUAUCUGGGUGAAAGGUUGAGAGUGCCCGGGUGGUGGAAGGCGGAGAGCGUGGUCGUCGUCUUUGACAAGAUUAUUGCCGACAAGCACAAGAAGCCGAGUCUGAUCCAGAGACUCACGAGGUCGGGUUUCAACAGGGCCCAGGCGCAGUUGACAGUCGGUGAACAGCUUGCCAAGAGCAUGAUGCGUCGCCGAGCUCGCAAGUUGCAUCCAUCGCUGUCAAUCCACUAUGUCGAAGCGCGAGAUGAUCUCGAAGUCAAGGUCGCCAAGAUCAACAGGCGAUUGCUCAGGCUCAUCCAAGAAGGCGAACACUGGAAGAGCCAGUUUGAGACCUUUGAAAAGUAUGCCGACAGGCUUACCGUGGAAGCCAACGAGCUCAAGGCCAAGAUCGAGCGAGAGAGAAAGGAGGCACGCAGGUUGUCAAGCAUCGCAAACGAGCAGACCAAGGCAAACCGAGACCUUGAAGAAAAGCUUCAAAACACUGAGAGUGCGCGAGCUCAGGCCAUGCGACAGCUUUCCGACAUGCACUCUUCCAUCCAAGAGCUUGAACGUGAGCGCGAAGAGAUUAUGAACUCUAUCGAGAUGCAGAUCGCCGGUGCUCUCAACCAGUACCUCCCUUCUCCAUCCCCGUCCAUUUCUUCGCGACCGAGUACUCCGGGACACGAUGGCGCCUCCGCAGACACUACCUCUGUCACCCGUUCCCUCGGCAGAAAGGCCAGCCGGACUUUCACUGCUGAUUCGCAGAGGAGUGGGAUGAGCGGUAUGACGGGUGUAAGUGUACUGGGACAUGCCAAGGGCGAGAGGAAGAAGAUCCCGAUCGGAAGGGAAGGGAGUGUGGUCGAGAUGGUGCAGACUGUAGAGGGCAGGCUUCCCGGUAGCUUGGAAGGCAGUAUCGCAGACAGGGUGGCCAAUAUCCAGAUCAAGAUCAAGCUCGAGAUGGCCCUCAAUGUCGUUUCGUCCCAGCGCGCUUCGAGCUCCAUGACCAACCGCACGAACGAAGAGUCUGGGGGGGAGGAUGACGAGGCGUAUGCGGAUGCCGAUGACGACGCCGAGACGAGCGCCAAUACCUCGACCGAAACUGCUGUGGAAGACGACGAUGGAAGCUCUCCCGACAAGACCCUCAUCGAGCCCCCCGAAGUCGCGAGCGCUCUUGGCCUGUCUGACCUUGGAGGCGAGGCGACUUCAGGGGAAGAGACCGAUACCGAGACCGAGAGGGGUAGCCGAAAUGGAGCGAGUCGACCUCCUUCUGUCGUCGAAGCAGAGGCCAUAUUCAAGGGCAAUUUCCCGCCUGUUCCCGCUGCUCCAGUCGGCAUUGUCGGUCUGGACAGGGGCAAGACCAAGAUCCGACCUCGACGUGAGACUGCAAAGAGCAACGUGUCUGCAGAGGACAAGAAGCUUGUCGUAGUCAAGCCCACUGCUGCUGCCGAUGACGGGAAAGUUGUCGCAACCACCAAGCCCAAGGCGACCAAAGUCAAGAGCAGGGCUCGUCCUACCAAGACGGUCACCACUUCCGAGGGUAUCGUCCUUGCGCGUGUCGGGGUCGAGUCUGACGCAGACUCUGACUCGGGGAGGUCGGACACGACUGCCGGGCGAGGCAAGAAGGGGAGGAAGGGGUUGGGUGUCAACACGAAUGGAAAGAGGCUGAGUGCAAUGUCCACGGCGAGCACGACGAUUACUUUCGGCAAGGCGGUUUAA